AACGGGAUGUCCCCCGACACCGCGAAGUACAGCAUUAGCGCCACGGAGGUGGCUGACAUCAAUGCGCAGGCAGCCCACAUCAAAGACAAGGAUUGCGACCAGAGCGAGCCGCCCGUCAUUUCGCGCGGCAAUGAGAAGGAGUGUGGCAUGGUUAUUGCCUGGUUCACGGCGCGGGGCCAUGAGCAGAUCUCGGCGACCUACGUCAUCUCCAACGAGAAGAACAUCAUCGAGGUCUGGCAGGAGCAGGACGUCACUGUUGAGGGGAACAACGGAGGCGCGCUCCAGGCCUCAGCUCAAGUAUUGCAAGCAGGAAAGGCUCCGCCUCAGCGCGCUGGGUUACUUGCUGGCGUCAAGGACGAUGCGCCCGUCACCACCGCAGUGGACAAGCCAGCCAGCUUCCGCGUCGCCAUCGCACGAGAGUUCCCGGAGGACUGGUUGUUCCAGCAGGCGAACGAGGAGCCCGUCUCGAUCGCGACUUUGGUCCUGGACGCAGACCUCACAAAGCAUGCCCUUAAGACUAAGGGCGCAGCGGCGUACGAGAGCGAAGUGACAGCUAUCCUCAUCGUCAGUGCUGCUCACGCCAAGGAUCUAUUCUCCUUCGCGUUACCCACGGGUGAUUUUCUCAACCGGCAGGGGCCGACGCUGGUUCCCGCGUGGCAACGCCCUCGCGAGGACGAGGACUCGCACGCGUACUGCAAGCGCGUCGCUGGGGGG